UGUUUUCUUACAAGUCCACUACAUUUCAGUGUACAUUAGCACUGAAACUUUAGCAACAGACUAUUACAAGAAAGAAAGGAUAAUAAUAAUAAUAAUAAUAGCGCCGAAGCUCCAUUUUACCAAACAAAUCUCUCUUUGGAUCUCCUCUGCGAGUUCUCCAAGGGUUUGAACAGAAACAUGGAGAACAUGCAAUAUGCAGAGGAGCUAGUAAGAGAAUUUCUUGUAUUCAGAGGGUUUACUAAUACCCUACAAGCUCUUGAUAAUGAAUUAUCCACUGAUAUCGGUAAAGGGUUUCAUGUUGAUAAGUUGUUAGACUUGAUAUUUGCUAUUUACAUUCCUAGAUUUCAAGUUGAUAAAUUAGUGGGUUUGCUUAAUUUUUUUAAGCAUUGCUUUUCCAACUUAUCGGAGAAUGUGCUUGUUGAUACUUUGUUAAAAUUGGAGGGUUAUAUUUUGCGGUAUUAUAUUGUUUACGCAAUUCAAUCGGGGAGGAAAGAUAUGGUUCUAGAGUUUUUUGGGAUCUAUGGGAAUGAGCUGGUGCAAAAAGGGCAUGGCUGGACUCCAUGGUUCGCUAUUCCCUAUUUGAAGAAUCCUAGCUUGGAUCCUCAGUUUCGGAUUUAUUUCUCGAAGGAAUGGUAUGAAGGGUUGCGGUUGUCUGUAAGGAAUUUUUUCAAUGAGAUCUUCAAUGCCACGCAUCCCUGCGCUGUUGAAGAUAAGUUCAGAUAAAAACACUGUCAACCAUCUAAAAAAAGAUAUCAAGCAGCUUAAUCUUAAACUAUCUCAACUUCAGGCUUUAUUGGAGGAGAAAGAGGCUUUGAUAUGCCGGUUAAGGAGUAGCGCUGGUAAUGCUCCAUCAACAUUGGGAACAAGUGUGGGACAAGCUAACAGUAUAACUUCAUCUAGUGGCAUGGAUGAAGAAAAUUUUAUUUUAUCUGUAAGUGACAAGGAAAUUGAUGUUCCUGCAACCCCGGGUCUAGGAGAAAGAGAGCUCAAUCCGGAACAGGCUGUUGGGGAACCUGCCAAAAAUGUGUCCAGGCCCCGGAAUGAAUCAAGCUCUAUUUCUGAUAUUGACAUUGAAAGUGGUAAAAGUGAUGUCAGUCAUAUGAACUGUGAUAACUCUUAUAAAGAUGAUGGUUGCCAGAUGCAGGGUGAAGAAGAAUUCCCAGAAGUGAAAGUGGACUUCCAGGAGACAUUUUUAGGCCACACAAGUGCAAUCAGUCGUUGCCGCUUUUCUGCCUCUGGCAACAAUAUAGCUAGUGCUUCUGUUGAUGGCACAGUCAGGAUAUGGACAUAUGACUCAUCAACUUCAGCAUCAAGAAAUGCAACCAUAUAUUGCGGGGCAGAGAUUAUGUCUCUUGACUGGGAAUGCAAAUCUGACCGCUUGCUUCUCAUAGGCACCGCUGAUGGAGGAAUCAAAGCAUGGAAUGUUGAUGCAAAGAGAGUUGUCUGUGAUCUGAACACAAGUGAAGCAUUUCCCAGUGUCCUGGAUCUAAAGUGCAGCCCUGUAGAACCAAUUUUUGUUUCUGCAGCAGCUUCUAGAAGGCAUGGCUCAAACUAUAUUGAAAGUUUGGGAUUUGCUUCAUUAACUGUAUGGAACAUGAAGACGUGGAGAGCAAUGUCAUCUCUACCUCUUGGUGAAGAUCCUCCGGCAAUUACUUCCUUAAGCUUCAAUCACAACGGAAAGAUUUUAGCAGCUGCUGCAACUGAUGGAAUGAUCCACAUUUUUGACAUGGCUGCUGGUCUACAAAUUACUGGGUGGCCUGCACAUGAUACUGCUAUAAGCUCAAUUCUUUUUGGACCUGAUGAGACAAGUAUUUUCAGCUUGGGUUCAGAUGGGAAGAUAUUUGAAUGGAGUUUGCAAAACCAAGGUCAUAUCCUUUGGUCGAGGAAUGAUGCCAGGUUCUGUGACCCAGGGACCUCAAAACAUUGUAGACAUGAAAUGGCUUUGGAUGCAAAUGGAAGGAAACUAUUGGUAACAUCUGGUUCAGUAAGAGCACCCAUAUAUCAGGUUCGAGGGUAUAUGAAUGGUCUUAAAACUCUUCCACACAGUGCAGCUAUAACAACAGUGGAUUGGCACCCGACUUUACCCAUUUUCUUGACUGGGUCUGCUGACAACUCUGUUCGAGUGACAUCUAUAUUGUAAAUACCUAACAUCUUUAUUUCUGUUUUGAUGUGUUUUGUCUGGUUGGUUGGAUAAACAUGAAUUUCACUCAAGUUAUGGCAUGACAAAUGUUUUGUCAUGGGUUUGAUUCAUGAUUGCGGAGGUUAUGAUGAAGGAAAGUGAUUAUGUUGUUUGGUGUUGAAUUCUUUGUAUCAUAUUGUCAACUCCAUUUUUUCUCCUUGUGAUGUUUUGAAUUAUUUGUAUCAUAAUGUAACUCAUAAUUUAACUUC